AUGCAGGUAGACUGGAAUGUUGCGACAUGGGAAGAGGUGUUGAAGCAAAUUGAACCGACGGAGGAUGACAACGCUCGCAUUGAAGCUGCAGUGGCCUCACUGCGAAAUGUUUUGACCAACAACUGGACCCACGCCACGGCAGUGCAGGAAAUUGUUAUUGGUGGUUCCUAUGCCAAAAACACACUACUCCGCGGGCAUCUAGAGGUUGAUGUGGUUGUGUUUCUUGCUGGUGAAUGGACUCGAGAGGACUGUCUCCACUCGUUCCGCCAAAGCAUUGGCCAGAUGUGGAAACUCGGCCAAGACAAUGUUCGGCUUACACGACAUAGUGUGCAGUUUACGCACCCGAGCACAAGGGUCGACGUCGAUCUUCUCUUCACCUUCGCCAUUUCUGCCGACUCUGGCUUGAGAGUGUUCGAUGACCGAAGGCAGUUCCAAACGCAAUGGACGGGCAAGAGGAAGCGCAGCAGACAUCUCAAUGACUUUGACCUACUGCGCGAGACUUCCACGAGUGUCGUUCAAGACCAGGUGCGCCUGGUGCGUCAAGCGCAACCUCGGGUGCGGUCACUUAUCCAGCUCGCCAAAGCUUUGAAGGUUCGGUUCAUGGAUGCUGCUGCUACCUACCUCCCGUCUUACGUGCUGGAAAUCUUGGCACUGGACUAUGUAUCCCAAACCUGUACAGUGGACUUCGAUCAAGGCCUACAGCACAUUUUCGAGCAAUUGCGGGAUCUCGAUACAGAGUUUGUCUUCCACAGAUGUUCUGAGGCGGCACGGAUGGGUAUCAGCAGCAGCGCAGUGGAAGGCUACUGGCGUGGUCGGCGGGAGUGGUCUCAGGGGGCAGUGCUCCCGGAUCCGGUGAACCCUUUACACAACACGGCAACUCUGUUGAAAACAUCUGAGCUUCGUGAGGUGUGCACUGUGCUCCUUGACGAGGUUUGGGGAGAUCAACUGAUGAGGAGCAACUCGUCGGAGAUGGCUCCAGCCUCCCCAGUCGAUUUUGAAGAAGUUGUUUGCCCUCGCGCGGAAAUAGACCGUGUCGGCCUGAUUGCAUCAACCGCAAAACACCAUCAAACCUAG